AUGGUAAACGAGAAACGACGCCGUUGAGAUUCUUCGGUGAAUGGAGUUCUCUUCCUCCAAGCGCCCGGCGACGACGGCGGCGACGGCGGCGAGUGAGUCUGUACAUUUCCGCCUCCUAUGCCCCGCCUCAAGGACUGGUGCAAUAAUCGGAAAAGGCGGCUCCGUCAUUCGCCACCUCCAAUCUGUAACUGGUUCCAAAAUCCGCGUCAUCGAUGAUAUCCCCGUCCCUUCAGAAGAGCGUGUAGUGUUGAUAAUCGCACCAAACGGAAGGAAGGAUCUUUCGAAGAAAGACGAGUCUAAUGGUUGUGAUUCGGAAAACCCACCAAGCUCGGAGGAGCCGAAGCAAGGCAAAGGAAACGAGUGUGUGGUGGAAGACAAAUCCGGCGACGCGGAAGCGCCGUCUUCGGCACAGAUGGCUUUAGUUAGGGUUUUGGAAAGGAUAGUGUUUGGUGACGACGCUGCUUCUGCAGACGGUGUUGAAUUGGACAAAACCGAGUGCGAGGGUUUGUGUAGGAUGAUCGUCAGAGGCAAUCAAGUCGAUUUCUUGAUGAGUAAAGGAGGGAAGAUGAUACAGAGGAUCAGAGAAGAUAGUGGAGCUACUGUUAGGAUUGCUUCCACUGAUCAGAUUCCUCCUUGUGCUUUCCCAGGAGAUGUUGUGAUUCAGAUAACUGGAAAGUUCUCUUCUGUGAAGAAGGCCCUUUUGUUGAUCACAAAUUGUCUUCAAGAGAGUGGUGCACCUCCAACUUGGGACGAGUGUCCAUUUCCGCAGCCUGGUUAUCCUCCUGAUUAUCAUUCUAUGGACUAUCAUCAAUGGGAUCAUCCUCCUAAUCCAAUGCCUGAAGACGUUGGACCUUUUAAUAGACCCGUUGUUGAAGAGGAGGUCUCAUACAGGCUGUUAUGCCCUGCUGAUAAAGUUGGGAGCUUGAUAGGGAAAGGUGGAGCCGUGGUUCGAGCUCUGCAAAACGAUACCGGUGCAUCAAUCAAGGUAUCUGAUCCGACUCAUGAUUCAGAGGAGCGAAUAGUUGUGAUAUCAGCACGAGAGAACUUGGAGAGAGGGCACUCUCUCGCUCAGGAUGCUGUGAUGCGUGUGCAUAAUAGAAUCGUUGAGAUUGGAUUUGAACCUAGUGCUGCAGUUGUUGCUCGGCUUCUUGUACAUUCUCCGUAUAUCGGACGUCUAUUGGGUAAAGGCGGUCAUGUAAUAAGUGAAAUGAGGAGAGCCACUGGUGCUAGCAUCCGCGUCUUUGCAAAAGAUCAAGCUACAAAGUAUGAAUCUCAACAUGAUGAGAUUGUGCAGCAGAUCAUUGGCAACUUGAAGACUGCUCAAGAUGCGUUGUUCCAAAUAACAAGUAGGCUUCGGGAAGCAAUGUUUCCUGGAAGACUUCCCUUUCAGGGAAUGGGUGGUCCACCUCCUCCGUUCAUGGGUCCAUAUCCUGAACCGCCUCCUCCUUUUGGACCACGGCAAUAUCCAUCUUCACCAGAUCGUUACCAUUCUCCAUUAGGAUCAUUCCAUGAGAGGCACUGUCAUGGUCCUGGAUUUGACAGACCACCUUCUCCAAUGUCUUGGACCCCACAGCCACCUAUCGAUGGCCAUCCCGGUGGUAUGGUUCCUGAUGUAAACCACGGGUUUGCUUUGAGAAAUGAGCCCAUUGGCAGCGAGAAUCCGGCAAUGUCAAGCGCAAAUGUGGAGAUUGUGGUUCCUCAAGCAUACUUAGGCCAUGUCUAUGGUGAGAACUGCAGUAAUCUCAAUUACAUCAAGCAGGUAUCAGGAGCGAACGUAGUGGUGCAUGAUCCAAAGGCAGGGACUACAGAAGGACUUGUGGUGGUCUCAGGGACAUCAGAUCAAGCUCACUUUGCUCAAAGCCUGCUUCACGCUUUCAUUCUCUGUGGUCAAUCUUGAUUGCUCUCAUUUUGCAAAGCGUUUAACAAUCUUUACAAUGAUGAUAGUCAAGUAGGAAGCUCUUCUCUACAAAUCCAAAUUUCUGAUUGAAAAACAGUAAGUUCUUCUACUAAUUGCUGUGGCAAAAACUUGUCCAUCUGUUCUUUAUCUGUUAUCCAAACUAAUACAACAAUGUGCCUCAAGCUUUGUUGUAUGUAAAAUAUCAUAUUGGGCCAUGCGGACA